AUGUACAAUAAGCGAUUAGAUCAACCCCAACCAUUGCAGUGGUGUCAAGGAGAAGGUAACCAUAUUAUUUAUGAAAAUGAAUGGAUUCAAAUUAUUAUUACUGUCACAAAAUUGCCGAAUUGGAAUGAAAAAUAUAAAAUGAUAUUUAAAGAUCGUACUAAGAUUUUAUGUACAAUUGAUAAUACUCAAAAUACGUGCGACCAUCGAGAAAUACAAGUGAAAACAUGGAGUUUCCUCACACAAAUCAUUCAUCCAAUAGCAUCUUUACGUAUAAUUAUCGUUCGUUAUGGAAAUGAUCUGUACCAUGAUAUAAUAUUAUAUCAACAAAAUUCAACAAUAAUUCGUCAAUCAAAGGGAUUAUGUGUUCAUGAAUCAAUACAUUGUGAAAUAGAUCAUUCGACAAUAGAUGAUAUUCAACAUCGAAAUCAACUUAAUUUGAUUGAUCAAACAUAUGAACAAUUCUUUGUCAAUAAACAUGCUGAAGAGAUUUGUAUUCAAUAUCAUGAAUUUGUACGUCAGAUGAUGAGAGAAUUUGAUUUACCUUUGAUUAGUCAAACAACUAAAGAUGUGUCGAUAACAUCUUGUAUCAAUGAUCUCAAAUCAACAGGAAAUAUACAAUUUGCGAAAAGUAUUCUACAGUUAUCCUUCUUCGACAGUCUCAAUAAUUUUGACAUAAACGAAAAUAAGAUAAAUAAAUAUUUGGAAAAAAUUGAUUAUGCAUUAGAAAAAACUCUUCAAAUUAUUGAUGAUCGUGUUAUGGAAAGUGUCACUAUUGACGAUUCACAAUCAUAUAUCGCGUUAAAAAAUAGAAUUUCUCAAAAGGCUAUAAUUAAAUUAGUAGAUACACCAAUAUCACCAUCAAAAAUAACUACGAAUAUUUCCACUUUUGCUGGAAGUCGAAUUUCUACUUCAGAUAAUAUUAAAGCUAAGGAUAUAUGUCAUGUUUAUGGUGAUCCACAUAUUAUUCGUUUUCCACAACAAUCAAAUGGAUCUCAAGAUCAAUAUUGGUGUAAAAUAUCAGGUGAACAUCGUAUUCUUAAAAAUGAUUAUGUUGAAAUCAAAGCUAUUGUCCAAGAUCGAACUUGGUUUAUAGUUAAAUUUAGCGUAACAUUUUUCAAAGACAAUGGAACAGUUCUUUGUACAGUUACUGAUGACGAACAGUAUUGUAAUAGUUCAGAAAUUAAAAUAACUCGUCCAAGUCCAUCACAAAUUAAUAUAUUAUAUAUGACACCUCAAUUACAAAUUUCGAUAGUUCCACAUCAAUAUCAAGUAGAAUGGUAUGAUAUAAGUGUGCGUAUGUCUUAUGACUUAAUUCGUCAAUCAAACGGUCUUUGUAUUAUGUCAUCAAACGAAAAUUGCGAAAUUGAAAAUAGUAUUCAAGACGAAGAAGAAAAUAAUAUUCAAUCAUUGUCUAAAUCAAUAUGUGAACAAUACAUAACAGAAAGCAUUCGAGCAUCUAAUGAAUUAGGUCUUUCUAAUGAUGCAGACAGAUAUAAAAAUGCAUUGAUUGCAUGUAUUCAUGAUUAUGAAACAACAGGCAAUAAAAACGUUGGUGCAAGUAUAGUAGAUAUGAUUAUCAAACAAGGAAUUAAUAGAAAACAACUUGAUGAUUUACAAUUUGAUCUACUAACAAUCGCAAGUAUUAGCAUAAUUAAUAACGCUAUAGCUAAUGCUAGUGCUCAAAUUGAUAUUCUUCUUUCUUCAACAAUAAUGACGAGUUCAAUAAUAACUAUAACACAAACAACAUCAUCGUCAAGCUUACGUCCAACAACAUCGUCGUCAAGCGUACGUCCAACAACAUCAUCGUCAAGCUUACGUCCAACAACAUCAUCGUCAAGCUUAUGUCCAACAACAUCGGGCUGUUCGAUAACAGUUAAAUCAACUAAUAUUAUGUUGAUUUUUUUCUCAUUUUUAUCUUUUAUCGAAUUGCUUUAUUUGUUUAUUUAA